UAUCCGUGCAGGGCUCUACCUAUAAAAUUUAUAUCCAUGUCCGAUCCGCAAACAUUGUCCACGGCUAUAAAGCGGAUAUCCACAGAUUUGCAGGGUGCUAUGUAUAGGCCCAUUUUAGCUUUAGAUUUAUUGCUCUGCUAACACAACCCUGCAUUCCUUUCACAGUUAGGCUUAUUCCUACAAUCUUUAACAUGGUUUAUCUCCUUGAUAGAUGCAGAAACCUGGAAUUUCUCUGAUUAGCUUUAAACAUUGUUUAAUAUAAUUAGCUAAAUAUGUAUAUUAUAUUUCUGAGCAUCCUUCCUAUAACACUUUUGUAGCUAUAUCUUAAUACUCAGUAAAGGUGCAAAAAGGCCCAGACAGUCUUCUCCAGCACUGCCCUGAUGGUGCCACUUCCCCAGUGGUAGGUACAGGAACCUGGGGCCACCCUCUACUCUGAGUUCCAGUCCAGGGACCCUCAACCCAAGCAUUUCUGGGCUUUCUUCUCACAGCUCUGACUGCUUCUUUCCUAGACUGCUUCCUACAACUCCUGGUUUUUCUCCUUGCCCUGAAUGUACCAGUUCCAAACCCUCUUCCCAGGGAGUGACUGCCAUUUCCCAGCAGCAGCUCAUCUGUUACCAGCUUCCCGGCUUUAGAGGCCCACUGUUCCUGCACAGCGGAACCUGCUUGCAAUCAAUUCCCCCCUGCUCCCUGGCUCUUCUUCUAGAUGCAGCCUAUGGAGUUAAUAGACCUACCUGUCAACCUUAACCCCUUCCAGUCCUGUGUGGGAUGGACCCCCUAUCACAGUUAUAGUAGUUUUAUUAAUAUCAUAUUUUGUAUCAAUAUUGAGGUCUCUCUCCCACAAAUGUCAUCUUGAGGUUUCUUUUAGAACAGGAAACUGGAAUUUUACUUGUUCCAUUUUAGAAAGAAAAUUUUUCUGAAAUGUCAGAAUUUUGUGUGGAACAGGAAUUCAUGUUUAUAGGCACAUCUACUAGUCAGACUUAGAGCGGUGUUAUAGACCAUCCAAGCAUUCUGCAGGAUGAGGGCCUUACCUUGUAAAAUCUUCAGAACAGAAGCUUAAUCAUGUUAACUUUGUUCACCCAGGUAGUCCCACUAAUUUCAUCUAGACUACACAGCUGAAUUAAAGAGGAAGGGUGGUCCAAUGGUUAAGGUGCGAAGGUGCUAGGCUGGCACUCUGGAGAUCCAGGUUCAAUUCUCUGCCCUGUUAGAAAAUUUAUUUUGAUUAAAAACAAAAAACCCACAAAACAAUUUAGAUUGUAGCACAUAACCUGUUGCCUACAAAAAUGGUUCCAGCAGUAAAAGAGGCUACCACUACUCCUCUCUAUCUGCUACCGACAACAAGAAUAACAACACAAAUAGGCUAAUAGUAAUAACAUAAUGUUUUAUUGCACAGAAGUUGGUAUAGUAUUAAAAGUUGGUAAUGACCACUAUAUAGGCCUAAGCAUUAUUUUUAUUCUCCCUUCACUUCAGGAAUAUGCAGUUUUAGAUAUUUUUAAUCCAUAAUGAACCAGAAUGAGUAGUUAAAGGCUGGUUUGGUUGGGUUUUUUCCAGCAGUAUUAUGUUAUUCUCACUUAGUUGUAUUAUAUGCAAUAUUUUUAUUCUCUGUGCUACUUUGGAACUGAAUAUUCUGUUUAUAUUAAUAAUUAACUUUUUUUAUUGCCUGGAACAGGCAGCUAAAGGUCAGUUUGGACUGUUUUUUCAUAACUAGUAUGUUGCUCUCUGUUAUAUUACAUGUAUCAUCCUUUGUGCCAUUUUAGAACAGAGCAUCUGGGCAGUUUUAGUAAUAAAGCUAUUUAUUGCCUGUAAUGGCCAGUUAAAGCUCAGUUUGGCUGGGUUGUUCAUUCGUACUACGUUAUUCUCACUUAUUUGUAUGAUUCUGGCUGGCUGUCCAACUUUGGAACUGACUGUUCUUGGGCAUUUUAAAAAUGACUCUGGACCAGAACAGGUUAAUGACAGUGUGCUAUUAACUGGUUCUCAUUACUAAAAUAUUCUCAGGGUUGUUUGAUUGGAUCUGUUAAUUUUAAAAUCAGUUUUAUUUAUUAAAAUGCCAUAAUGGGCUGUUCAGCGUUUACCCCCCCAUGAAAUCCUGUUUGGUUUACUCGUGCAAACAGUUCUACUGCAGUUAAAUAAAUUAUUUGUGUGAUUUAAGGCAGAAGGGUUUAGCCCAGCAUGUGUAAGUAACUGGAUCCUGCUGUGAUUUCACCCUACUUGGUUUUUCUACUGAGCUGGCUAGCCUUGAAUUCACACCAUCGUCUCUGCCAUAGACAUGCAGUGUUUCUAAAUCAGCAGUGCUGUCUUUCUGCAGCUUUUUCACAGUGACUUCUAUGGCAGCUAAACGGUAACUAAAAUGGCACAGCAUUACUUUUGCAGGUCUUUUGUCCUUUAUGGCAAAAACAACAAGGAGUCCGGUGGCACCUUAAAGACUAACAGAUUUAUUUGGGCAUAAGCUUUCGUGGGUAAAAAACCUCACUUCUUCAGAUGUCCUUUAUGGUAUAAGACUUUCUAGAUGUGGUAACUGUGUUGCACAAUGUGGACUUCCUGUAACAGAAUCUCUUGAUUAAAUAGGUAAUGGAGGUUUCCAAAGUGAGGCAAAUCAGUUUUCUGAUUUAAUCCUCUAGACUUGCCUGGACUUGCAGUCAUUUGAGCAACUAACAAGCUUCAAACAUGGUCUAUUCCCAGCCUCAUGUUUACGCUACAAUUUUUGCUUUGUCUGUCCUGAAGGCCUGUGCUUUGGACAGCUACAUUGCAGCAGUGUAUGAGCACUCAGUUAUAUUGUCAGAGGACACCAAAAUACCUGUUUCUCCUGAAGAUGCUUUGAUGCUGAUGAACAAAAAUAUGGAUGUGUUGAAAGGGGCCAUCAAAGCAGCAGCCCUGCAGGGUGCACGUAUUAUUGUGACUCCUGAAGAUGGUAUUUAUGGCUGGGUUUUCACAAGAGAAACCAUUUACCCCUACCUUGAGGACAUCCCAGAUCCACAGGUGAACUGGAUUCCAUGUACUGACCCUGAUAGAUUUGCUCCUGCACCAGUGCAGGAAAGACUCAGCUGCAUGGCAAGGAGCAAUGCGAUCUAUGUGGUUGCCAAUAUUGGGGACAAGAAGCCAUGUAAUUCCAGUGAUCCCAAGUGCCCCAGCGAUGGUCACUAUCAGUAUAAUACUGAUGUUGUCUUUGAUUCAGAAGGGAAAUUGGUGGCACGCUACCAUAAGUACAACCUCUUUGUGACAGAAACUCAGUUUGAUUACCCUAAGGAGCCAGAGUUUGUCACUUUCAAUACAUCCUUUGGAAAGUUUGGCAUUUUCACUUGUGCUGACAUACUUUUCCAUGAUCCUGCUGUGGUCCUGGUGAGCAAGUUACAAGUGGAUACUGUGCUGUUCCCAACAGCUUGGGUGAAUACUCUACCACUUUUGUCUGCUAGUCAGUUCCACUCUGCAUGGGCUAUGGGAAUGGGCAUCAAUUUUCUUUCAGCGAAUACACGCAACUCCAGUUUAGAUAUGACAGGGAGUGGCAUCUAUGCACCAAAUGGACCCAGGGCAUUUCAUUACAAUACAGAAACAGAGAAUGGUCACCUCCUGGUUGUAGAGCUGAGUUCACACCCUCGUCUUUCUCCCACUUACCCUAUUGCUGUCAACUGGAGCUCGUAUGCCACAAGCAUCAAACGAUUCUCACCGGAUGACCGUAAUUUUAGCGGAGUCAUUUACUUUGAUAAGUUCACCUUCACUGAACUCACUAAGCCUGAAGGAAAUCGUACAGUUUGCCAGAAAGACCUUUGCUGUCAUUUGAGCUACAGGAUGGUGGAGAAGCAAGAAGAUGAAGUAUAUGUGCUAGGUGCUUUUGAUGGCCUUCAUGUUGUUGAAGGAGAAUACUAUUUACAGAUAUGCACACUACUGAAGUGUAAAAGCACAAACUUGAAAACUUGUGGGCAGCCAGUGGCUACUGCUCACACCAGCUUUGACACAUUCUCUCUCAGUGGCACAUUUGGCACUAGCUACAUCUUUCCAGAAGUCUUGCUCACUGGGGUUCAACUGGCGCCUGGUGAAUUUCAGGUAUUAAGUGAUGGACGUCUGAUAAACCAGAAUGGCACUUCUAAAGCAGUCCUGUCAGUGACACUCUUUGGAAGGUGGUAUGAAAAGGACCCCCCACACCCACAACAGGCUUUCCCAUGAUGUGGCUAUUGAUGCUUUUCUCCGAAUAGGAACGUCCUGUGAUGUUAAUCUGUGUUAACUACAGUCAUUAUCUAGUAUCUUAUUUUUCAUAUUCUGCAAUCUAAAUAUAUUCUGUCUAGUUAGUGCAUGUUACAUUAUUGACAUGAUUCCAUUACAAAACCAAUUAAUUGGACAGCAGCUCUGCAUCUUUAUUAACUGUUAGCCUCUGCUUCUACCAGCUUGAUUUUGCUGCCAUUCAAACUCAUAGAAAAACUUCCACUAACUUUAAUAUGGCGGGAUCCAGCUCUUUAUCAGCAGAUAUUGGCCUGAGCAACAAAACUCACUUUAGAACCUGGAUUUUUAUCCCAUUUUAAAACUUCUACUUUAGGAGUUGGGGUAAAGGUCACCUCUGGGAUUUUGUUCAGGCCCACAUCUAAACAAAACUGUUGAUAAAUCAGAGAUCCAUGUAAACUAUUCAUUAGAUCCAUUCUUCUGAGUUGUCAAUCCAAUACCUUCCAUGAGUACUGUAACACUGCUCUACAGCGAAAAUGCUUCUGAAAUAAAUGUAGUCAAACUUUACUAAUUCUGGGUCACUGAGAAUGAAAAUGAUGCUUAAAAUUGUUGA